CACACGGACACACGGACAGAGAGACUCAACAUGGACGGCUGUCUCUUGGCCACAGUGCUCUCUCUGCUGCCAGCCUUCCUGGGAGCCCAGGGCUCAGCCGACGACAGCUGGUCCAUGAAGGUGCCACCGGAGGUGCGUGCGACCGAGGGCUACCCGGUGGUGCUGCCCUGCUCCUUCAGCCACCCCAACCACACCCCUCACUCCUCCCUGCUGGUGGCCUGGCGGCAGGGCACCACCCGCCUCUUCCACUGCACCACCCACGCCGGCCAGCAGGCCUGCGAGGCCUCCCCCCACCAGGACCCCCGCUACCGGCUGGAGGGGAACCCGCGGGAGCACGACCUCUCCCUGCGCAUCAACAACGCCGCCCUGCAGGACGGAGGCCGCUACUACUGCCGCGUGGAGGUGCCGGGGCACAAGCACGCCAGCUACGAGGACAGGAUGGGCACGCUGCUCCGGGUGGAGGCACCGCCGCGUAUCCUGUCCCUGUCGGUCCAGGGCAGCGAGGACUCGGGGUUCAGGGCGCAGUGCGAGGUGGAGGGAUCCCCUCUUCCGGACAUCCAGUGGGUCUCCCCGGAACACCUGCUGCUGGAGGGGCUGGAGGUGGGCCGGCCCCCCGGCCAGGGCUCCUCCCCCUCCCAGGGCUCCUCCCCCUCCCGGCACCACGCCGUCAGCCAGCUCCCUGACAUCCGCCCUGGGCAGCAGUACACCUGCAGCGCCACCAACCCCCUGGGCAGGGAGCAGGCCACGCUGUACCUCCUACCCCCCAGGAGGGAGGCCUGCCCAGGGGCCACCGGCCCUCCUCUCCUGCUCCUGCUCUCGCUGUCCCUGGGGGCCAAGGCCCUGCUGCUAGGGGGGGUGGGGGUGUGGGCGGUGCAGGGAAGGGCCUCGUCUGGCCCCAUCUGUAGGUGGAGGUGA